AGACUGGCCUCCGUCUAAUAGGAUGCGGGUGUCGCUUUAUCUGAACUUCGUUAGAGAAGGGUAAUUGCUAUGUCUGACGACUGAUUUCAGUUUAAUUUAUUAGAUAGCUAUUGUUUGUAGCAAAGCAAGUGUUUGAAAGCCUAUUCUUGGUAAACCUCACCGACUUGGCAGACAAUUAGUAACUUAUUUUGUAAGCUAGCUAGCGAUUAGCUGCACAACAAACUGGUAUUAGUUGAGUGUAAGUUUAAGUUAGAACUUGGUUUGCGAAUCGCAGUUAAGAACUGAAAGCUUUGUUUUCAUACUCAUAUGAGCAGUGAACACGAGACGGGAAUGAACACAUAAAUGUAUAUAAUUUCUACGGAAUAACUUGAUGAGGUGCUAGAUGGUGUAUGUGAAGGUCAUGAGGCAUGCUGAGCCUGCUCUCCCGGUGCCAGAAUGAGUCUCAUAGAUGGCAAUGGGGCAGCUAGCCAAGAUGGAAGAUCCUAUGAGCUCCAGGUCUACCCACGGCUCGCUGAGGAUACGGACACUUGCUGCGCCCUCAAGGUCACCAAGGAUGCCACGGCAGCCACGGUCAUCCAGGACGUGGCCGACAGGCUGGGCUUGGACCCGUCGAGGAGCUACGUCUUGGCCGAGGUGAAGGAGUGUGGUGGAGAAGAAUGGGUGCUGGAGGCCACCGAUCUGCCCGUGCACCGGGUUCUGCUCUGGCCUCGCAAGGCUCAGGAGCAGCACCUCCAGAGCGAGGGCUUCUACUUCCUCCUGCAGGAGCGGAACCGCGACGGCACUGUCCGCUACGCGCACCUCCCGGCCCUCUCCAAGGAGCGAGAGGCCCUGCGGCUGGUGGCCCGUGGCUUCCUGCCUCCUCCGCACAAGGACUUUGAUGACCUCUGCAACCUUCCCAGUCUGAACGAGGACAAUAUUUUGGAAAACCUACGCAACCGUUUCCGCAAGAAGAAGAUCUACACCUAUGCCGGGAGCAUCCUGAUCGCCAUCAACCCCUUCAAGUUCCUGCCGAUCUACAACCCAAAGUAUGUUAAGAUGUACGAGAACCAUCAGCUGGGCAAGCUGGAGCCCCACAUCUUUGCCAUUGCUGAUGUCACCUACUAUGCCAUGCUGCGGAAGCGCUUGAACCAGUGCAUUGUCAUCUCUGGAGAGAGUGGUUCUGGGAAAACCCAGAGCACCAAUUUCCUCAUCCACUGUCUGACAGCGCUGAGUCAAAAGGGCUAUGCCAGUGGUGUGGAGAGGACCAUCCUUGGGGCAGGACCCGUGCUGGAGGCGUUUGGCAAUGCAAAGACGGCCCACAACAACAACUCCAGUCGCUUUGGGAAGUUCAUCCAGGUCAACUAUCUGGAGAAUGGCGUGGUCCGUGGGGCUGUGGUGGAGAAGUAUCUGCUGGAGAAAUCCCGCCUGGUCUCUAGAGAGAAAAAUGAGAGGAACUACCAUGUGUUUUACUACCUACUGGUGGGAGCCUCUGAAGAGGAACGCAAGGAGUUCAAGCUGCUACAGCCUGAAGACUACCUCUACCUCAAGCAGCAAAACUUUAUGAUCGAAGAUGAAGAAGACCUUCGGCAUGACUUUGAGCGUUUGCAGCAGGCUAUGGAGAUGGUGGGCUUCCUGCCUGCCACCAAAAAACAAAUAUUCUCAGUACUGUCGGCCAUCUUGUAUCUGGGCAAUGUGACGUACCGGCGCAAGUCGACGGGCCGUGACGAGGGGCUGGAUGUGGGUCCUCCUGAGGUCCUCAGCACCCUCUCCGACCUGCUGAAGGUUAAGGAGGAGUUGCUCGUAGAGGCGCUCACGAAACGGAAAACGGUGACAGUCAAUGACAAGCUAAUCCUCCCUUACAGCCACAGCGAGGCCAUCACAGCACGGGACUCCAUGGCCAAAUCUCUGUACAGUGCCUUGUUCGACUGGAUCGUUCUGCGCAUCAAUCAUGCGCUGCUAAACAAGAAAGACAUGGAGGAAUCCGUGCCGUGCCUAUCUAUUGGUGUGCUGGAUAUUUUUGGUUUCGAGGACUUCCCGAGCAACAGCUUUGAGCAGUUUUGCAUUAAUUACGCCAACGAGCAGCUUCAGUAUUACUUCAACCAGCACAUCUUUAAACUUGAGCAGGAGGAGUACCAGACAGAGGGCAUCACCUGGCACAACAUCGACUACACGGACAACGUGGGGUGCAUCCACCUGAUCAGCAGGAAGCCCACCGGGCUCCUCCAGUUACUGGAUGAGGAGAGCAACUUUCCUCAUGCCACUGACAAAACACUGCUGGCCAAGUUUAAGCAGCAGCACCACAGCAACAAGUACUUUGUCGCUACGCCGGUGAUGGAGCCGGCAUUCGUCAUCCGGCAUUUUGCUGGAAACGUCAAGUACCAGAUCAAGGACUUUAGGGAGAAGAACACUGACCACAUGCGGCCCGAUAUCGUGGCGCUGCUGCGCAGCAGUGACCGGGCGUACGUGCGUCAGCUCAUUGGGAUGGACCCUAUCGCCAUGUUCCGCUGGGGCAUCCUCCGUGCCACCAUCCGUGGCAUAGCUGCGUUCAACGAGGCAGGCCGACGCUGGGCAGCUAAGACAGCGGGUGUGACCAGACCCACUUCUAGGACGCCCCUUGGGGAAAUACAACGGUCCAACACACCAAUUGAAAGGAUGUACCGGGACAUGCAUGCCCAAAUCAUCAGCUCCAUUAAAGACUUGCAGUUGGACGGUGAGGACCCUCGCAAGCUACUGCAGUCCUGGGGGCGCCUGCGGUUCCCACGCCACGUCCUUCAGAAAAAUAAGAACACCAAGCAGAAACAGCUCAUUCCUAAGGUGCUCCUUGACUCACGGUCACUUAAAUACAUCGUGGGCCUCACAUUGCAUGAUCGCACCACCAAGUCUCUGCUUCACCUGCACAAGAAGAAGAAGCCCCCCAGCAUCAGCGCUCAGUUCCAGACCUCCCUGAGCAAGCUGCUGGAGACGCUGGGAAGGGCCGAACCAUUCUUCAUCCGCUGCCUCAGGUCUAAUGCUGAAAAGAGGGAGAUGUGCUUUGAUGAGUCCCUGAUUCUGCAGCAGCUGCGGUACACAGGCAUGCUGGAGACGGUGCGCAUCCGGAGGUCUGGGUACGGUGCCAAGUACACUUAUCAGGAAUUCUUGGAGCAGUUUCGAGUGUUGCUGCCCAGGAAUGCUACUGGAUGCCAAGAGGACAUCUCGGCUCUCCUUCGGAAGAUGGGACUAGACAACACUACCUAUCAGAUUGGCAAAACCAAGGUCUACCUUAAGGAGCUUGAACGUCAGAAGCUGCAGGACACGCUGCACAAAGACGUCAUGUACAAGAUCAUCUUCCUGCAGCGCUGGUUCCGGUCCAAGCUUGAGCAGCGGCACUUUGAGAGUAUGAGGCAGUCUGCCAUCCUCCUUCAGAGAUGCUGGCGGCGUUGUUGUAGGGAUCGGCGAUGGCGGGCAGCCACCCUGCUGCAGGCCCACUGGAGGGGCUGCAGGCAGAGGACAGAGUAUCUACGGCAACGGUCCGCCAUCCGGAAGAUGCAGGCGUUGGUGAGGGGGAACUCGGCACGACGAAGAUGCCAGUCCAUCAGGGAGGAGAAAAAGAAGAGAGAAGAGGAAGAGGCCAGAAGAAGAGAGGAGGAAGAAGCAAGAAGAAGAGAGGAAGAGGAGGCAAAAAGGAGAGAGGAGGAAGAGACGAGGAGAAGAGAAGAGGAGGAAGCUAAGAGUAGGGAGGAGGAAGAGGAGGCAAAAAGAAAAGAAGAAAUGCGAUUAGCAGCCGAGGCUGAAGCAAAGAGGGUGAAGGAAGAGGAAGAGGAGGCAGCUAGGAAACUGAAAGAGGAGGAAGAGUCUGCCAAGCGAGCAUUGGAAAUGGAGCAGCAGGCUGCCCCACAAAGUUCUCAGGCAGUAGCACCAGAAGACCCUCAGGAGCCCAAGAGCGAGGCGGAAAUGCCUGAAAGCGCCAGCCAGCCAGAACCAGCGGUACAAGCAGAAAGCCCAGAGCAGUCUCAGGACAUCCAGUCCCAGGAGGGGGGCAGGUCCCCCAUCCAGGAGUGCUCAACGUCAGAAGAUGACAAGAAAGCCUCGGAUGUCCCCCAUCCAGAAAAAAACGGUACACAGGCUAAGGCAGGGCCUGCACCUGAGUCGCUUCAAAGCGCACCUGUCAAGGUCAACGAGGCCGCUCCAGCUUCGCCAAAAGGUCAGGAGGUCAGUCACACAGCAGCCGUGCCAGAGAAGGAGCAGCAGUCUCUGACGCAGGAGGCUCCUGCAGAUUCCGACGUCUCUGGUGCUGUCCAGGAGAAAGCGUCCAAAGCUGCUCCCCAGCAGCAAGGAAAGGCCCAGACGUCACGGAGCCAAGAGAAGAGAGAGCUCAGGCGACAGCGAGGCCUGGAGCACAGCCAGAGGGAGCUCCAGAGGGCUGCGUCGGCCUCCAAGGACGACCUGUCCCCCAAGCUCAAAAGCCACGAGCCCCCCCCCAGCAGCCCCAGCCCCAGCACCAGCAGCGCACCUGAGGCCAAGCCCAAGGAGAACUCCGACAGCAAAGAGCUGGACCAGUACACCUUUGUGGCCUGGAAGGACAAAGGGAAGUCCAAGGAGGGCAAGAGCUCGUCUCCCGCGCCGGUCCGACCCUCCACGCUGCCCUUGGAUAUCCCUGGCGCCAAGACGGAUCGUAAUGGGCACAACGAAGCCCCCAGUUCACCGCCAGUGGGAACGGCGAGCCUGCCGAGUCACGGCAAAGCCAGCGACCGGGACAGGCAUUCGGACAGGAGGAAGGGCAAGAGGGGAGGGCAGGCGUCAGAGAGCACCUCGCCUGAAGCACAGAUCCCCAAGAGCAGGAAAAUAAAUGCUCUGCGGGCUCAGGAUAGGGACAUCUCGUUAUCUCUUGAUGAUGUCUCCAAUUUUGUCUCCCCUACUGGAGACGGCCCUGGAAACAGACAGGGGCGAGUGCGUCACCGCAAACGACGCAAACGCCGGCUAGGUUUUGCACGUAGCUGCUUGCCAGUAAAAAGCGCAGAAAUGGAAGACGUGGAGUACUGGUCUUUCCCUUUGCCCCCCGUGAGUCCAGUCCAGGCCACGCCUCCAGGCAGACCGCAGGUUCAGGGUCAAGUCAGUACGGAGUCGAUAGCGGAAGGCGCCAAAGCCAGCAGGAGAUCACCCGAGGGCCAGCAGGACACUCCCCACCUCCACCCCUCCACCCCAGAGAAGUCUGGGUUCCUGAGGAAGAUCCUGAAGAAGCGUGAGAAAGUUCAAACACCAGAGGAUGGGGACCUCACUAUGGCCCAGUCUCUUGCUGAACGCUCUGCAGAAGUUGCCCACCCGCCUCAUUCCUCCCGCGCGCACCACCACAGCGAGGCGCCAAUCGGACGCGGAGGCCGCAACCCCACCAUCAAGAUCAGCCGCGCCACGCGGGUGUCCGAGCAGUGGAAUGCCUCGCUGGAUCGCGAGAUCACCAACGCCAACGAGCUGCGCCACUUGGACGAGUUCCUUGGCAAUCAGGUGAACGACCUCCGCUCCAGAGGUAAGCAGCUGUCCGCCACAGAGGACAUCUUCAUCACGGCUACCCGGGAGUUCAGAGAGACCAUCAAGAGCAUGUACUCCUUGUCUAAGCCUCACAUUGGCUACAAGGCCCUGAUGAAGAAUUACCAGAUGAAGGUGGUGGCUCUCGCGGGAGAGAAGCAGAAGGCCGAGGUGCAGCUGGUGGUCAACCUCUUCCAGUCGGUCCUGGAUGGCUUCAUACGAGGAGAGAUUAAGAAGGAGGAAGCGGAGCCAGCCAAGCCCGCUAAAACACGGAAAAAGAGACGGAAAAAGGAUAAAAGCAUGGAAAGCCCAUUGGACCACAUGUUCACCACCUACCAGGUCAACAUUGUGCAGUCAUGUGACCAGUGCACCUCGUAUAUCUGGGGCAUGGAGAAAGCCUGCAUGUGUAGCUACUGCAAAAUGGUGUGCCACAAGAAAUGCCUGAGCAAAAUUACCACAGACUGCUCCUCUUUCUGUGCCAAGAAGAACGAGGAGGAUUCGGGGAUGCGCAACUUCGGUGUGCGUGUGUGCCACCUGACCAACGACAAGACCCCGGUCCCCGUUGUUCUGGAGAUCAUGCUGGAGCACGUGGAGAUGAAUGGCCUCUACACUGAGGGCAUCUAUAGGAAGUCUGGCUCUGCCAACCGCAUGAAAGAGCUCUACCAGAAGAUGGAGGCAGACCCUACCAGUGUGUGCCUUGAGAACUACUCCACCCACAUUGUCACAGGCCUGAUCAAGCAGUGGCUCAGAGAGCUGCCUGACCCCCUCAUGACCUUCACCUACUACAGUGAUUUCCUCCGAGCUGUGGAACUCCCUGAAAAGCAAGAACAGCUUCAAGCCAUUUACAGAGGCCUGGAUCAGCUUCCCACAUCACACUUCAACACGCUGGAGAGACUCAUUUUUCACCUCGUCAGAGUGUCAAAAGAGGAAGUGCACAACCGCAUGACCCCCAACUCUCUGGCCAUCGUCUUCGCCCCGUGCAUCCUGCGCUGUCCAGACAGUGCCGAUCCACUCAUGAGCAUGAAGGAUGUCGCCAAGACAACCAUGUGCGUGGAGAUGCUCAUCCACGAGCAGAUCAGACGCUACAACGAGAAGAUGGACGAGAUCGAGCAGCUGGAGUACGCCGAGAACCUGGCCGUCCACCAGCUCAAGCUGAAGAGAAACCACACGACGUGGCGGUUACCACUCAGGUACACCUCUCCGGUGGUGAGAGGCUCGGUGAGGGAGAAGCCGUCGUCUUCAGACCUGUGCGUGGUGCCUGAGAACGAGCCGAUCGACUCGGACACGGAGGCAGAGAGAAACCUGAUGGAGAGGAUCAAGUCCAUCAAACAGGAGAAAGAGGAGCUGGCCUGUAGGCUGCCUGAGCUGGAGCAGCCCGGUUCUGAUCAGGAGAACUUGGACUCUGAGGCGUCGCUGAGCUCAGAGAGCCUGCUGGACGAUCGCGUGGCCACCCCUACCCUCACCACCGGCUCCCCUCCAGCCACCACCACCACCAGCAACACCGAGACGGAAGGCAGGACUCCCGUAGCGGCGCGCCGGCCUCGUCCCGCUUGUCCCCCGAAGCCCGCCGACCUGCCCCAGCGCGCCGAGAGCACCUCGUGGCUGAGCGCCGUGCGGCAGCAGAUCCAGCGCCGCCACCCCAUCAUCCCCGGCACGGUGCGGCUGCCCCCCGGCGUCUCCCCGUCGGCCGCCGCCUCCGCCACGCCGGCCUCGCGCCGCGCCUUCCUCACCAUGGUGCAGCGCCGCGAGCAGCCCGGCCGCCGCAAGGACAGCAUCCAGUCGCUCUACAUCGCCCCCGGCAGCGACCUCGGCUCCGCGCUGCCGCCCUCCCCGUCGUCGGCGUCCCUCCCCUCCCCGACCGCCACCAAGGUCAAGAGGCGAUUCUCUGACCCGGACAUCCCCUUCAUAGAUGACUAUUCUCCUGCGGGAGAGGCGGACUGAGGAGACAGUCCUGGACAGAAGUGGACAGCUGUCUGGAUUGCCCCCCCCCCCACCUGUCCUCGCCAGGUGUGAAGCUCCCCUCGAAAGCUCUAAGACUGGCUCAACCUGCUGCCAUCUCAAACCUGGCCAUGGGGCGUCUGAUGCCCAGGCUACCACCAGCUACACUCACUCAAUGAGAAGCAGAGGAAUGCUAUACCAUCUUGUGUUUUUUUUUUGUUUUGUUUUGUUGUUAUUUCUCACAAAGCACUUUUUAAUGCUGUUAAUAUAUUGUUUUUUUUAAGAACAUUAAUGCUGUGCUUCAGGCACAUAAACGGUUCCUGAGGCCUGAUUUGUUCCUAGUCGUAGAGGUAGUAUCAUAAUGUUAAUUGUCAUGAUAUUGCACCUUUUCAUUCCCUGAUAUGAUAUUUUCAUGGUAGAACCAAACCAGCUGUGGACAUGUAAUCAGUUGUGCCUUCAUCAACAACUUUGUACAAAUUGUAACAUUCUCUUCUCUCCAGCAUUGAUUAAUAAUGGAUGGAUCUUGUAUGGGUUUUCAUUUUAUUGGGGGGGUCAGGGGGUACAGCAUCUAGACAUGUCCAACACAGGACCAAACACUCACUCUGCUGUUGAGUUUGAGAAUAGGGGACAGGGGUUGGGUUUGGAUUACAUUUACUGCCCUAUUCUUGCCCCCAUAUCUCUGUCUACAUUGGGAUGUUCAGCACACUGCUUUCUGCUAACAAAGGGAAAAUGGGAGCAGCACAAGCCACUUUCUCUGAGAUGAUAAACACAACCGCUUACCCCGCCCAAGGGUCCCCUAUUUUUUAAUCAACUUUCCUCUAGCUCCUUCAUCAUGUCGUUCUUGUUUAACAUUUCUACAUUCUCCAUGGCUUCAGUGAACUGAUGGACACUCUUUCGUGAAACCGGAUUUUUAUAUUGAACAUGGACAUAUUGAAGGAUAAGCCCUUCCGGUUGAAAGCCAUGGUGUUUUAAAAUACUAAUGUCAUUAAAACUGCUGAUGGACUGAGGUUGUGCUGUAUUGAAUGAAUGCUGGUCUAGUCUUGAUUGGAUGUGUGUUAAUCGUGGAUUAUACAGAAAGUGUCAGUGUGGAUCAUUCUUGUUGUCAUUAGUGAUGCCUUUUGCGUUUUAAGACUAUGGAGGAAUGAUUAACUCUUUUAUUUUCUUACAAUACAAUUUGUACUGGCUGCAGGUUUUGAAUGUCCAGUGUUAAUGUAUAUAUUUAUUGUAGUCAUACAUCUCCCAGUUGCUCCGCAAAGGCCUAAAGCUUAUGCACCCUUUGGACCAUAGUGUCUAUACAUAAUACAUUUUGAGAACAUUUCCACCA